UAUUAAAUUAAUUGCUCCAAUGUUUAUUUUGAUGGGGCAAUCAACUUUAUAAAAUGCAAAAAUCCCAUAUGCAAAAAAAAAAAGUUUCACUUUUUUGAAAAACAAAAAUUGCAAUUAUAUUUUCCCAAAAAAAUAAAAUCCUGUCUCUGUGGUUACCAAUCCCUUCCAAGAUUCCCCUUCUCACUUAUCUCUCUCCCACCCUCUUCCAACCUUUCUACACUUGUUCUUCCUCCGUCCAAAAAACAAAAGUAAAAUCCCAAGUUGUUUCAAUUUGAUUGCUGUAUUUAAUCAGAACUCAAAUUUCAUAUCUUUUUCAAUGAUACCCACUUAGGAAUUGAAAAACCCAAUUUGAGUAAUUCCAUUUUUUGGCAAUGUCUCAUCCUUCAACAGUCACUUCAGAGCCCUCAAAUUUGCUAGAAUUUGUGCCUAAAUUGGGUCAUUUUGCUCUAAAUUCAAGUUUUUUGGGCAAUAAUUCAAAUGGGUGUUCUUCAUUUUCUCCUAAUCACUCGUAUUUUGGUGGAUUAGCCACUCAAAACAGUUUUAAAUUCGUUAAUUCAUUGAGUUUUAGUAAAGAGGGUUCUAAUUUGAAGAGGAUUUUGACUGAUUUUAAUGGGGCAAUUAGGCUUCAUUGUGAUAGAAUUCCACUUGGGUUUUCUUCAAUUGGUCUUAAUUCUGGGGAGAGUAAUGGAUUGAGUGAUAAUGGACAUGGAAUUUUGGAAGAUGUUAGAGUGCCUGUUAAUGGGGUUGAGCCUGAAUCCCCUAAAAGGGUUCUAAUCUUGAUGAGCGAUACCGGAGGCGGUCACCGGGCUUCUGCUGAAGCUAUCAAGGCUGCUUUCAAUGAAGAAUUUGGUGAUGAUUAUCAGGUAUUCGUUACGGAUUUAUGGUCUGAGCAUACUCCUUGGCCAUUUAAUCAAUUACCAAGGAGCUAUAAUUUCUUGGUGAAACAUGGCCCUUUGUGGAAAAUGAUGUAUUAUGGUACAUCUCCUCGAGUAAUCCAUCAAUCAAAUUUUGCUGCAACCUCUGUAUUCAUAGCAAGAGAGGUAGCUAAAGGAUUGAUGAAAUAUCGGCCAGAUAUAAUCAUUAGUGUGCAUCCGUUGAUGCAACAUGUUCCACUUCGUAUAUUGAGGGGCAGGGGCCUCCUUCAGAAAAUCGUCUUUACUACAGUAGUUACAGACUUGAGUACCUGUCAUCCUACCUGGUUUCAUAAGCUUGUAACAAGGUGCUACUGCCCUUCAAAUGAGGUGGCUAAAAGAGCAACAAAAGCUGGUCUUCAGCCUUCCCAAAUAAAAGUUUACGGACUUCCUGUGCGGCCAUCCUUUGUUCGGUCUGUUAGGCCAAAGCCUGAGUUACGCAAGGAACUUGGAAUGGAUGAGCAUCUUCCUGCUGUUUUGUUGAUGGGAGGAGGGGAAGGCAUGGGCCCCAUUGAGGCUACUGCACGAGCUCUUGGAAAUGCAUUAUAUGAUGCUAGCCUUGGUGAGCCAAUAGGUCAAGUUAUUGUGAUUUGUGGUCGCAACAAAAAGCUUGCUGCAAAAUUGAGUUCAAUUGAUUGGAAGAUCCCUGUGCAGGUGAAGGGCUUUGUUACUAAAAUUGAGGAGUGCAUGGGAGCUUGUGAUUGUAUAAUAACAAAGGCUGGCCCUGGAACUAUUGCAGAAGCAAUGAUUCGAGGACUACCCAUCAUAUUAAAUGAUUACAUCGCUGGGCAGGAAGCAGGAAAUGUCCCCUAUGUUUUAGAAAAUGGUAUUGGAAAAUACUUGAAGUCACCCAAGGAAAUAGCUUUUACCGUUGCUCAAUGGUUUGGUUCGAAAUCAAAUGAGCUGCAGAUCAUGUCACAGAAUGCAUUGAAGCAUGCGAGGCCAGAUGCCGUGUUCAAGAUUGUUCACGAUCUUCAUGAGCUUGUCAGACAACGAAGUUUUGUACGUCAGUAUUCUUGUGUUGCUUAACUUCAAUAAAUUGUAAGAAAAACCCAACACAAGUCGGGAAUUCAAGCAACGAGAAACUGAAUCUUCGAGAGGCAGGGGACGGGAAAAUCAUUGUUUAGGCGAAUGGUGAUUGUAGCGUAGAAUAAUUUGUAUUUACGUGGGCGAAAUCUAUUCAUUUGUAUUUGAACAAUUCAUAUUGAAGCCUACGCUAUCUAGUCAGUGAAGAUCCGAUGAUAGAGUGUCAAUAAUUACGUAGAAGGUCAUAGCAAUUGAAGAAUAAAAACCCUAUAAAAAUUAAUUGAUCUCAUCAUAUCUAAUGAAAAUUAAUUAAUUAU